UACUUGCCGCAAUGUGAGAAUUUUCAAAAUGAAUAUCAAGGGCUUUGAAUUUAUCAAGAAUCUUAUCUUAAUAUUAUAAAAUUUCAAAAAUGCUGCUUCCUUGUUGUUACUCUUUGCUACGACCUCUCUUGGAAACUCACUGUUUUCUCCAUCUAUAUAUACCGAAUUUUUCCACACUUCUUUUCCACUCAAACCCAACGACCAUUUUCUUCAAUAAAAAGUCUUGCUUACCAGUUACCACUUUUGAAGCUGAAUCAAAGCUCAAAUUAUCUAAAAUGGCCUCAUCAAAUGACUCAUCAGCUUUAGAGUUCAUAGAAAAUCAUUUGUUUCGUGAACUUUCUCCAAUUGGUACAAACUUCAGCUUUAAUUUCAGUUUUAAUAAUAAUUUUGAUGCGUUUAAACAAGAAUCGAUGACUAUUACGAAAUCCAAUUCGCUUUCUUUUCAAUCUUCUACUUGUAGCUCUUCGAACUCUUACUUUUUUGGUGGAGAACAACAGCAACAGCACAGAGCGAGCUCCUGUUUGAUUAAGGAAGAACAGGAUUUGGAUUUUGAUUUCGAUUUUGGUGUCGAUAUAUGUAAUUUCGAGCCAAAUCAGCAAAUAAAGAAAGACGAGCAUCAGAUUACGUCAUCGCGUGGAUCAAAGUCAAAAUUCGGCGAGAGGAAGCCGUCGAUGAAGAUUUCAGUUCCGGCUCAGACAAAGAAGUUUGAGGUAGUCAAGUUCGUGACUGAGUCUAUACAGAAAAAGAGUACUGAGUCAACACACCGAGUCGAAGAGGAGGAGACUCGGAAGCAUUACCGAGGAGUGAGGAGAAGACCAUGGGGAAAGUACGCAGCUGAAAUUAGGGAUCCGAACAAGCGCGGGUCCCGAGUUUGGCUUGGAACUUACGAAACUGCUAUUGAAGCGGCUAGAGCAUAUGAUCGAGCUGCUUUCAAGCUCCGUGGAGCAAAGGCUAUACUUAACUUCCCACUUGAAGUCGGGAAGCUUGUGGAAGAAACCGCCUCAAGCGGCAGUGUUGAUGGCGGCAAGAAGAGAAAGAUGGUGGUGGAAAAGGAAGAUAAAAGUGAAGUGGUAGAAAACAAAAAAGUAAAAGCUAAGGAAAAAACAAAUAAGACGUCAUCUAGCUUUGAAGAAUUAGGACCAUUAACGCCGUCAAAUUGGACGCCGUUUUGGGAUUUGGAUAUGAAAUCUGGAAACGGAAUAUUCACCAUUCCUCCUUUGUCGCCGUUAUCUCCACUUCCAUCAUUAGGGUACUCUCAGCUGGCGGUUAACUAACUUUUUGAAUAAUUGUAUCGAUAAGGCGAUAAUACUCUUAAUAUUUUUGAUCCAAGGUACUUAACAUUUUGAAAAAAUAAAGAUAAAAAGGAAAAGUGGCUAGUGAGUAAUGCAAUUUUUAAAUAUCUUAGACUUAUAAACACUUGAUAGGAUAAGAGUGUAGAAGACUGUCCAAGGAAGUACUGUAUGUAAAUAGCAAUCCAGCGGCCUCGUGGUUUUAGAUUGUCAUAUUCAUAUUUGAUUUUAUUGGUUUAUUUAUUUAAUUAAACGCUUGUUUACGCU